AUGGUGGAAUUGCCUUCUCUGAGCUUGUUCUUGGUAUUCUUGACCGGACUGGCCAUGGUGCUGGGUGGUCAUGCCUGUACCGAACACAGCGUCCAUCACGGCCUUCGAAUAGAGAACGCAGACCGCAGCAAGAACCAACCUCAAAGCACCACGAAUUCUCUGCCACUGUUGUCAAGGAGUCGGAGUUUCCUGACAAUUGGUGGACUGGAAAGGAUGUCUUCGAGCUCGAGAAACGAGCAAUCUUCAGUAAGCCGCUUCUCCAAACCAGGAGAUUAUCACUCUUUUGAGCUGGCCAGCUUUCCGUUCUUCUUGAUCCUUGGGAAGGACAACGUGGUGCGGGCUUUCCACAAUGUCUGUAGACACCGAGCCUACACCAUUACGAAGAAGGAGUCCGGAUCCUCCAUGGUGCUUGGAUGCCGGUAUCAUGGGUGGAGUUAUAAUACCCGGGGCGCGCUCAUCAAAGCGCCGCACUUUGAAAACGUGCCGGGAUUCGAUAAAUCGCAGAACGGCCUGUUCGAGAUCCAUACUGCUAUGAGUAAGGAUGGAUUGAUCUUCAUCAACAUGGACGCCAAUCCUACGGUAUCGCCGCCCGAUUUCAAAUCCGCAGAUGCGUUCACAGCGCGGCAACGGUUGGGAAUAAAGUCGACAUGGAUUUCUGGGUCUACGUUCGAAGCCAAUUUUAACUGGAAAGCUGCAGUUGAAUCGCGUCUGUUUGAUCUACGGAUUCCUGAGGACCAGAUCCCACGGUCUGCGUUAACUUCUAUCUUCCGAAGCAUCAAGAAUGGCUCAUUGGAGACACAACAGUCAGAGCUCACACUCUUCCCCAACUCUACACUGUACAGAAUUCCAGGUACCGACCUUUGGUAUUCCAUCUGUCUGCUGCCGUCUUCGGAAGUGCAUACCCGUGUUCGAUGUGAUCUAUAUUCCGUCUCGCCCAAAGUCAACACUACUGCUGGGAGAGUCUUGGAAAAACUCGACGAGAUUAUUCGCGAUCGAAUCAAAGCCGUGGAAAAUGAAUUCACCUCUUCAGCAGGGACCAGCCCAAGCUUAAACAAUUUUAAGCGCCUGAAUGAGGAGAACAGAGGUGAUUAUCUAUCCUUCCUAUCAUAA